AUGAAAACACCGGAAAUCAGAAAGUACCAUAUAGGAUCUACGAAAAGGAGUGAUGAUAUCUUUGAGAUAUUGUUGUUAACUCCUAGAAUAACCACAAAAGUGAUUACAAGAUACAAGGAAUUAACGAACUUCUCAUCAUAG